AUGGCGCACCAAAGCAGACCUGGCCGCUUGGAAGGCAAAGUCGCCAUCGUGACUGGCGCCGGUUCAGGAUUCGGCUACGGCAUCGCAAAGAAGUUCAUCACCGAAGGCGCCAAGGUCGUCAUCGCAGAGCUGUCCAAAGAGAAUGGUCAGAAGGCGGCCGAAGAGCUCGGCGGGAAGUACGUCUUCGCCGACGUCACCAGCAGAGAAUCGUGGCAGACGCUUCUCCAGACAACACUAGAGUCAUUCGGCCAGCUUGAUAUCGUCGUGAACAAUGCCGGCGCAACGUACCGCAACAAGCCUACCGGCGAGGUCACCGACGCCGACUUUGACCUCUGCUUCAAUGUCAACGUCAAGUCGAUCUAUCUCUCUGCGAACGUGAUAGUCCCGUACUUUGAGAAGAAUAAUCGUCCCGGGUGCUUUAUCCAGAUCUCCUCCACGGCUGGUCUCCGGCCGCGGCCUGGGUUGACAUGGUACAAUGCUUCCAAGGGGGCGGUGGGCAUUGCCAGCAAGACCAUGGCUGUGGAGUAUGGGCCCAAGAAGAUCCGGUUCAACUGCGUUUGUCCGGUUGUCGGAAGCACAGGACUGUAA